CAGCAGGAUUUCCAGCAGAAUUACCUGGCGUGGUUAGGCUUUUGGCGUCUUGCCGAAAGCAGGGCUCGAACCAAUCAGCGGGGAAAGUUGCUCUUCUGGACGGCCGUUCAUUGGUUGACAAUUCGAAGCCUGUUCUGCUGUUUCUAUUGGCUACUGGCGCUGUCUGUCAGGGCCGUGGUUCGAGCCUUACCCCACUCUUUGUGAAAGCUCUUGUUGUCUGGGAGAGUGGCGUAGGCGCUGCUGUGUAUUGGUCACCGGGAGAAGCCUCCGAUCCGCUCCUAUUGGCUCAUGUGCCGAAGAGCGAUGCUGAUUGAAUCCAGCAGCGUCUUCUCUUGAGGGAGCAAUUUGGAGAGGACCUGGAACCCAGAGUCGCACCCUGGAUGCCAUCCUUCAUCAUCCACAGCAAUCCCAUCUGGUUGGGAGCACUGCUCUGGCUUCGAGAGCUGUGCCCAGGAGUGAACAACCAGCCCUACCUCUGUGAGAGUGGUCACUGUUGCGGGGAGACUGGCUGCUGUACCUACUACUAUGAACUCUGGUGGUUCUGGCUGCUCUGGACUGUCCUCAUCCUUUUUAGCUGCUGUUGUGCCUUCCGCCAUCGACGGGCUAAACUCCGGCUGCAGCAACAGCAGCGGCAGCGAGAGAUCAACUUAUUGGCCUACCAUGGGGCAUGCCAUGGGGCUGGCCCUGUCCCUACUGGUUCACUGCUUGACCUUCGCCUCCUCAGCGCCUUCAAACCUCCAGCCUAUGAGGAUGUGGUUCACCACCCGGGCACACCGCCGCCUCCUUACACUGUGGCCUCAGGCUGCCCCUUGACUGCUUCCAGGGAAUGCACCUGCUGCUCCUCUGCUUCUAGCUGCUCUGCCCACUACGAGGGAACAAAUGUGGAAGGUGUUUCCUCCCACCAGAGUGCCCCCCCUCAUCAGGAGGGUGGGACUGAGGCAGGGGUGAGCCCUGUCCCCACACCCCUCUCCUGCCGCUAUCGCCGCCUGACCGGUGACUCGGGUAUUGAGCUCUGCCCUUGUCCUGACUCUAGUGAUGGCGAGCCACUCAAGGAGGCUAGGGUUAGUGUCACCCAGCCAGAUCUGGGGGACCACUCCCCUUUUGUGCUGCCCCUAGAUCCCAUGCUCCAGGUUUCUCCUGUGGGGCUGACUUCCAGUGAAGGGAACAUCCCAUAAGCAGUCUUAGAGGGGGUUACUUGUCCACCAGAAACAGCCCUGGUCCCAACUCCUUCAGUUCUCUGCCUCUUCCCUGCCCUCCUAGAAUCUGCCUAAAAGGGCUGGAGUCCUGAGGAGAGGAGCAGUGUUUGGGGGACUGUGCUAGCUCUAACCCCCACAACAUACACAGGAGCCUUUGAUCUCAUUAAAGUGAACCAGAUGCUUGUGGA